UGGCGUAUGUGUGUAGUUGGUACUUAUUGAUUGUCUGGUCUUCGGAACUCAAUUCGGAGUGGAGAUUACCUGAUAUUUUCUUGUCGGUCCCGUCAACAGCCUGUCCGCUCGGGCCCCACAACGGCCAAUGUCCGCCAUUGAAAAAUACAUUUAUCGUUUCGGAUUUUCACUUUACAGUUUUCAGCUCAUUGUGAAUUUUACUCUCUCGAAAACAUCAACAUUCCUAGAUAUCGAAUAAUCAAAGACGACGAUCGCUGAGAAGAAUAUUGUGUAUCCUUCUUUGAGUUAUAAACAAUUACUCCGUUUUUUUUUAUUUAUUGUAUUCACGUCUUUAUCCGUUAGGCUCAUAAUUAACGAGACGAAGAUGGAAUUUAAUUUUAAUAUUGGAAACGUGGCCACCAACGAGGUUCUGAAGAUUAACAACAAGCUAACGGUUGAAGGACACGAAGAAAACGAUGAUUUAAAAAACAUAAUGAAAUUGAUCAUUGAUGAAAUGGGUAAAGCAUCAGCUGUAUCACAAGAGUUAAAAUUGCCAAUCACCAGUGCCAAUAGACUUAUCAAUUCUGAUCAUGUUAUUUAUAUGAUGACUGAACACAAUACACCAAAGCAUUUUGCUGUUGUUGGAUUUUUGAAGAUGGGAUGGAAAAAAUUAUUUCUUUACGACAAACUAGCUUCCCGAUCAGAAGCCAGGGUCUACUGUUUGUUAGAUUUUUACAUACAUGAACGCAGACAACGUAAAGGUUAUGGCAUACGUUUGAUGGAAUGCAUGCUACAGGAUGUUGGUUUAAAGGCAAAACAUUUAGCUAUUGACAAGCCAACAAACAAAUUAACGCAGUUUAUGUGGAAGCAUUUUCAAUUAUCUAAAAUGGUAAACCAAGGAAACAAUUUUGUAAUAUACGAAGAGUUUUUUCAUACCGAAUCAGAAGAAAAAAAUAACCAUGACCAUACUGGAAAUAGAGCUGAAGCAUAUAAGAGUCAACCAAUGUUUGGGCGGCAUGGAGCUCAUAAACAUCAUGAUUCAAUGGGUGAGAUAGUACAAGGUGACGGCGAUGCUGCAUUUGUGAAGUUUAAGUACAAUCAUGACACUGACUUUGUUGAUAAUCAAUUCAAGGAAGUAAAUCCAUAUCCUGAAAGUAAAGGUGCAUUUAAAACUGACAAGGAUGGAUACUCAGUAAAACGAGAUCUUAAAUUUCAUCACAACUCUUUGUGGUAACUUAAAUUGACAACAUACCCAAAUAAUUGUACUUUGUGUCAUGUCCCUAAUGCACUUAUUUCACAUUCAAACAUACAUUUAAAAUUAUAUGAUUAUGAACUUAA